AUGUUUGCAGCUGGUGUUUUCUUAGCAUCUGUUGCAGGGAUUUCUGCAUUUGCGGGCUUUAGUACUACCGUAGCCGCUGCUAAAAGAACAGACCCCAAGUAUUUUAACAAAGGUCUACACAGUAGUGUAGAGUUAGCGGACGCUGGUGCAGUUUUAGCUUUACGUGCAUUAGGAUGGGGCACAAUAUAUGCAUUAGCUGGUACAUCAUGUUUAUGUUAUGGUGUUUGGAAGUUUUCUGGUGCUAAAGAUCUUAAAGACUUCAGGAUAAAAAUAGGAAAUUUAUUACCAGUACUUCCUAAAAAUAAUCCUCCACAGUCAAGAACAGAAUUUAGUGGUCUAAAUGACCUGCUUACAUAUAUAGCUGAAGAUUACGGAAAGAAACCAGUAAAAGAUAAUUAG